AUUACUCACAUAGUAGCUCCACUCUUGCCAAUGUAGUUUUGGACUUGCAAUAUAUAAGCAAAGCCACUCUCAUAUUUCUUUUAAGUUUAAAGCUUAAGAGAUAAAAGAGAUCCAAAAAGUAGCAAAAUCAUCCUAAAGUGUUGGAAAAAGCGAUCAUUUACGAUGAAUACCGGAUCAAACGAUGAGAAGAAAAAUAUUCAGCAAAUUGAAACAACAAAUGAUCGAGAGCAAUCAGGGGAAACAAACGAGGGCACCGAUAGUCCAGAGUUGGUCAUCGUUAUCCCAAGAUUUGUGAUGGAAGAGGAUGAACUAGAAGGAUUCAAAACCCCAACCGGCCCAGAGUAUCAGAUACCUCCACCAUUGGUGUGCCCAUCUGCUCCAAAGAGGAAGCCACGACCGAAGUCACCAUCAAUAGAGCAAACUUCGCCGUUGUUUCAAGUACCAACACCUGAGGAAGUGGAUCUCUUCUUCCAAUCUUUGAUUGAGCAGUACUUGGCUAGGAUUAACAUUAAGAAGAACAAAAAUGAUUGAAAUUAAGUUAUUACAUGUAACGUGGGUGACCAGUUAACCUCGUAUAAUAUAAAUUAUUAUCCAAUUCUAUUAGAAUUUUAGAAGUUCUUUGUUUUUGGUGGGUAGAAGUUAUUUGUGAGUGAGAUUGUAUUCAACUUUCAUAUGAGGGAGAUUAUAUAAAUCAUCAAUAAGUAAUAUAAAUGGAAGCCAAAAAAUUUGUAGUUCAA